UUAAGGAUCUAAACCUUUGAUUUUAAGCGUAAAGCAAGAUCAGAAUACGAUGUUGCUUUAUUUUUAUAGCAUUUUCAGAAAUAUUUAUUUUAUACUUCUGUAAGAUUUUCAGUUUUAUUCUAGAUUGUUGUGCGUAAACGUAUCAGUCUCAGGUUUGCAUAUACUAGCGGUUUAAACAGUCGAAAUUUAUCAACAAAUACAAAGCAAAACUGAUACCAAUUGAUUAUUUCUGAGAUAAGUCGAUGUGGUCGGUUCAGCGAAGGCAGCUCAGCGGUAGUUAUGUUUGCUAGCCAGUGAUCGGUGUAAAUAUUAACUAAACUACGAGCAGGUUUUACUCACGCGUGCAGACAGGGAGGUCUAAAACCUCACCUGUACGAACUGGACGAAUUUCUACAGCUUGGGAAAAAAAUCUACUCAUCGGGAGAAUGUUGCUCUUGCUGAGAUGCUGGAUGUGUCUCUGUCUGGCUGCCGUUCCACGCACACAAAUCUUCUGCUUCAAAGUAAAUUCUACCUCAAGCAUGGAAUGGAGCAGGCCUACGCUUUCAACAGAAAAACACCACAGGCAUGAAUAUGAUUUUGUUUCGAAUGACACCAGAGAAGAAGCCACUGGAACAGGAUACCUCGAUGAAGCUUUUGAAGAGCAGGGCUACUACCUACGGAGACUGUUCCUGCAAUAUGGUGAGAAUGGCACCCUCUCCUACAGGGGCCUUCAGAGGCUGCUGGGCAGCCUGGGCCUGGGGGAGGUCAGUGUGCUGGAAAUAAGGCAGCAGGAUGCGAAGGAUGGCCCCCCAGCCGCCUCGUACGCCCACUCUCAUCCACCUGCCUCUUCCAGCGGAGUAUCGCACUGGGACAGAAGCUUGCCAGAUGGGAUUGCAUGGGAGGAGGGCAGAGCUGCUUCCAAUGUCCUGAAUGGCGGAAAACAUUUGGACAGUGGAAAUGAAAGGAAGGAUCAUUUUAGGCCGUCCUCUCUCGCCCUUCCCAGCCCUGGACGAUCACAGUCUGAAACCCCAUACUUUGCCCCCGAUCACCCCACGAAAAACCAUCUUCACGGGAAUUGCUUGAAUGUCACUCAACUGCUGUGGAAUUUUGGCCUUGGACAAGCCUCACAUAUCACCCCGUCGCAUUUUACGUUCCUGUGCCCCGCUCUCCUACACCAGAUUGACAGCAGGGUCUGUCUACGACAUACAGAAGAGGAUGUUGUAGAAGAGGAGAGCGGCGUGCUUUUCCUUACAGCUUUGGGGUGGGGUUCUCUGGCUCUAACUCUGAUUAGUCUGCCGUCCCUGCUGGCCCUGGGGGCGGUGCCCCUGCUGACCCCAGCCCUCCUACAAAGCCUCCUUUGCCCGAUGGUGGCCUUGGCUGUGGGCACACUGUGUGGGGAUGCCCUGCUACACCUUCUUCCUCAUGCAAACUCGGGGUCUCACUCUGCCUCGGGGAUGCAGAAUUCAGUGCUGAAGGGCCUGUGCGUGUUGGCAGGGCUCUAUCUGCUCUUCCUGGUUGAGAGCAUUAUGGAGCUACACCGCCACCAUAAGAAUGAAAACAAGGAACCGCAUAAUUCAGCCCAAAAUGCGACACAGGCGCGGGAGCUGGUCGCACUGCAGGGUGAGAACUCUGUGGAAGAAUCCCGGCCCACUGAAAGCUCAAAUGAGGCUGACUUUGAACAUAGACACGAACAUCCAGCCCCAAGGCAUUCUGGGAUGGCCAGUCUGGUGUGGAUGGUGGUCACAGGGGAUGGGAUUCACAACUUUACCGAUGGACUAGCUAUUGGAACGGCUUUCUCACGGAGCCUGGCUGGGGGUCUGAGCACCACUGUGGCCGUGUUCUGCCACGAGCUGCCUCAUGAGCUGGGCGACUUUGCGGUUCUGCUGGCGGCUGGCUGGCCCAUUCGGAGGCUGCUUCUCUUCAGUGGGAUGUCAGCGGCACUGGGACUCCUGGGCCUGGCGGUGGGCACUGUCCUGGGCCACCACUUGGCGCAGUUCUCCCCCUGGAUCCUGGCAGUAACGGCUGGCGUCUUCCUGCACGUGGCACUCACUGAUAUGAUGCCUGAAAUGCUGCAUGGAGAAUGUGGGCCAGUGGCACCGCUGACCUGCUUCCUUCUGCAGAAUGUGGGCCUGGUGGCUGGGGUGGGCAUCAUGCUCUGCAUUGCGCUCUUUGAAGAAGACAUCGCCUUGAGCCUAGGGGACGGCUGAUAGCCAGGAGUUUGCACCCAAAGCUGCCAGGCGAGGUGACACUUGAGAUCUGGACUUGGAAACGGUAGUGCUAGAAAUCAUCUUGGAUUACACAACAUUGUGUUUCCUUGGCACUCGGCUAGUGAAACUUAGCUGGUUUUUACUGUACAGCAGGGUACUCUUUUUAGACACUUUUAAUCGGUGAAAAGAAGCCUGAACCCUUAAAGCAUGCAUGCGGAGUGAGGCGUGCCGCUUACUGCAUCCUUCUUGUGGCUGAAACCCAAGUUUGAAUGCCAUUGAAUUUGAACGCCGUUGAAUUUGAACAUUGAGUCGAAGGUUCCGUGCAUAUCACCCGGUUUUAGCAGUAAACGUCAGUGACAUUUCUGUCUGGAGUUUGCAUGUUCUCCCUGUUGUGCAGCUUUCCUUCUGCAGUUCAAAGUUAAGCAGUUAGGCUACUUAAUUUUCUAAUUUGCCUGUAGUAUAUAUGUGUGUGUGUGUGUCCUCUGAUCGGCGCCCCAUUUGAGAUGUACCCCAUCCCCAUGCUGCAAGAGAUCAGCUCCAGCCCCCCCUGUGACAAGCAGCUACUGUAGAUGAAUUGAUGGUAUCUGACAAAUAUGGUGGUAUCUCAAAGCAUCCAGAUUAGGCCAUAAGAGAUGAUGUUCUCAUUUUAUUUUUGUAAUUACAAGUACUUUAUUACCAGAGUUUAAUUGUAUUUUUUGAAACCAGUACUUGAUUUCCCAGUACUUCACACAAUUGACUACCAGCAGCAAUUUUUUCCACAGGUGCAUUUUAUUGUUUAGUCUUGCUGUAGGAUAUAUUAACUAGUUUUAGGACUACAGAAAACUACAAUUACUGUAUGGGGUACUGUAUUACCACCCAAACCUAGUAACAACUUAAAACUGCCCAUAAAAGUUUAAUGAUACAAUAUUUGUGUUUGUUUGUUGCAAUACAUCUGCACACCACUGGUCUGGUGGAAUGGUAUUGCCAUCCACACGCACCGACCGCGACAACCUGCAUCCCUGGGUUAAAAACACCUGACUUGCGGACAGGGAUAACGCCAGAGUUGUUCUCUUGCCAGUGCCGUGCGGUUGCUUGACUUGUCAGCGAUGGUGCUCUGAAAUUUAGGGUUCUCCCCUUAAUGCAGUCUUCUUCACUUCAUUUUAGAUGAGGGCCACCAUUUCCUUUUUAAAAGCUGGCAAGCAGGAAGUAAUCUUGAUGCUGCUUCACUUAAUUGUUAUUUAAUUUUGCUGCACAUUAUUGGCAAAAUUGUAUUGCAUCUGGAUUAAAAAAAAAAUAAAAUCUAAAAAUACAUAUUCUUUAAAUUGAUAAAUUUGAUGGUGAGGAUAAUUUGCUUGUUUUCUCAAUUCGGUCCUCUGGGGGCCACACAGUGAAGACCACUUCGUUAAUUUCUCCUGCAAUAGCCCCAACAUAUAAACACAAGCACACAUACACAGUACCUGCUAAGCGACAGGCACCA